AUGCACACAGCACUUCAUAUUACUAUAUUAUCUGAUUAUUGGAUUGUGUGGAUUCUCGAGUCUAAUAUAGGACAGCCAGAAGAGGAUGAUUUGGAUACUACUGUAGAUACUGUAGAAAUAAUUGAUAGUAGUGAUGAUGAAGAUUUGGAAGAUAAAGACUGUUUCGAUCAGAAGAAAACUGAUUUAAGAUAUCACGACUUAAAAUGCAGCGUUUGCAAAUUAUUCUAUCACGAAUCAAUUAAGAAAAGAACUCCAAAAAUGUUGUCAUGCGGACACACAGUUUGUUCUGGAUGUUCAAAGAUGCUCUACAAAAUAGACUACGUCUAUAUCCAGUGUCCAAUAUGUAGGGAAGUGACUGACAUUUAUUACAAUUACGAAGAAUUAAAGAAGAACUACGCUCUAAUCGGGAUUAUUCAAGAAAUGAAGCAAGAUAAGAAGACGGUUCAACGGAGACACAGUCUUUCAUAG